CCAGCCAGCCUUCCUCGCCCUCUCCCGCUGCCUCCCUCUUCCUCUCCUUCUCCUCUUGUCUCCCCCCCUUGUCUGCAAAGUCCUCCGCUGCUCGGAACUUGUUGGCAAUGUCUAUUUUUCAGCUUUCCCCCACGUUCUCCAAAGUAACUAUUUAAAGAUCUGCAGCCGCAAAUGGUUUUACUAAAUGUAGGAUGGGACUUAAGUUGAACGGCAGUUAUAUUUCUCUGAUCCUUGCUGUACAGAUAGCGUACCUGGUGCAGGCGGUGAGAGCGGCGGGGCGGUGCGAUGCGGUCUUUAGGGGCUUCUCGGAUUGUUUGCUGCGGCUGGGCGAUAACAUGGCCAACUACCCGCAGGACCUGGACGACAAGAGAAAUCUCCAAACGAUCUGCGCGUACUGGGAUGAUUUCCACGCCUGCACCCUCACAGCGCUCACCGAUUGCCAGGAAGGAGCGACAGACCUCUGGGAGAAAUUGAGACGGGAAUCCAAAAACCUCGAUUUCCAAGGCAGCUUAUUCGAACUGUGCGGAGGCGGCAGCGGCGCGGCACCGUCCGUCCUCCCGCCGGCCUUGCCCCUGCUCCUGGCGGCUCUGUGGGCCGCCCUAGUGACCUGGCUGCCUUUCUAGGGGGGCGAGCACACUCACACCCACACCCUCUCCAUGUGCUGGAUCUAUAGAGGAAGUGUCCAUCCGUUGCUUUGGGGACGUUGUGCUUUUCUGUGGUUGAUGAUGAUGAUGAUGGUGAUGGUGGUGGCUGAUGAAGGUGAAACAUCCAUGUAGGACUGUGGAAGCGUUCUCCCUUUUUUUUUUUUUUUUUUUUUUUUU